UUUCAAUCGUAUCCAGACUCGCUGAAACCGCAGCAGAGCGAAACCCACCACAAACAGUGUCAAACACGAGCAGCAAGAAUCAUUUUCCCCUCCACAAUCACACUCACAACUCCUUUCAACCUUAUCUGAUAUCACCACCAUGACCUCUUUUCAAGGACGCCGCUUUGCCGAGCAAGAAUUCCCCUCCCCCGCUGACAGUCUCCCUCGUUUCUCCUCCUGCUCCCGCUGCCUCAUUGACCUGGGAAACUGCUUCAUUGUGCUCACGGAAGGGGACGGACCUUCCCACCAUGCCAUGUUGUUUCGCCUUCAAGUCAACCGCAGCACGGUCAAAUUUGAAGAUGAUACGCAAUUGUCCAAAGAAGAAUGCGCCACUAUGUUGCAAGUUGAAUUGGCGGCUCUGACCGAAUGCGACAUUGUCAAGGUCCCCUUUCCUUACUUUGAAAAUGCGAAUCUCGAAGCGUUCAAGUAUCGACCCAGUGUUGCCCUUUAUGGGGUGGAUCGUCCCGCGAUUUACCUCGCCAUCUACAACGGGACACCCAAACGUCCAGAACGUGCUCUGUAUGAUUGGGAAUUGGCGCUCUCCACCCCCGAAGACCUCUCGCCCGACUCUGCCAUUCCUUCGAUCGUCGAUGUAAGCAAGAUGUGCGGCCUCCCCGACACCUACAAUGACCCAGAAUUACCAUACCACGGGUCGACCACCUACGCGCCUUGGUUCUUGGAUCCCAGCAAGAAGCGUCACCCUGUUGCCCCCAAGGAACCCGAAGCUCUUCGUGCCAAGAUUGUUGCCCACCUCAUGCAGCUCCUCACAAACAAUCCUUAUGUGGAUUCGUAUUUCGACAGUACCAUUGAACUGGACAUUGGGACUUGGGUGACCCGCAAGGUCUUGAUUGAUGGUGAAUGGGCCUUCCGCCGUGAAGUGUUUGCUGGACCAGCUGACGGGUCUUCUGCUGGGCUUGGCAAGUUGACUGUUCCCACCACGCCUGACGACAAAGAAGCCACCUUUCCACGAACCCCCAAGGUGACACCUUAGGGAGCCAUGGUCAGCGCAACCGGACCGGGACGGGUUCUUUCAUUGGGAUCCAUUGGGACUCACCAAUGUUUUUUUGUACAUGUGGGCACAAGUGACAAGGGAAAAAAGAUAACAAAUUAUUACAUAAAAAGAUAUUCAAAAUAAGCCUUCUGGUUGUGCCUUAGCAAACUGCAGCAACU